AUGACGAUCUUCAAGUCUUUACAGCCACCGAUUGAGAUGCCAUGGCAUCUGCCGGUAUGGACGUGGCUCUUCGAUUCAGAAUAUAGUCCUCUCCGAAACGUCCAACCGGGCGAGAUCAAGGGUUUCACAAACGCCAUCACGAAGGAGCACCUGAGUUACGCUGACCUCAAGACGCACUCGACACACUUGUCCACUGCGUUGGUGAAGAAGUAUGGCCUGAAACAAGGACAGACCGUGGCUCUCUUCUCACCCAACACGGUCUGGUAUCCAUGCGCCAUGUUCGGCACACUGCGAUCGGGGGGUGUCGUGUCGGGCGCCAGUCCGGCGUACAACGUCGAGGAAAUGAGCUACGCUCUGAAGACGGCCGAGGCAAAGUUCCUCUUCACCGUGCCGGGGAGCAUGUCUGUGGCCUCUGCGGCCGCGAACAACGCCGGGAUCCCGCAGGAGCAUGUGUUCUUGCUCGAGGGCACAAUGGCCGGAUUCACCAACAUGUCGGAGUUGCUCGAGAUCGGAAAGUCUUACGGAAUCUCGGGUCAGGUCGAACAGUUCAGACUGCCUCCCGGGAAGAAGAACAAGGACGUGUGCGGUUAUCUCAGCUUCUCCAGCGGCACGACCGGUCUGCCCAAGGCCGUCAUGAUCGCCCACAGCAACGUGAUAGCGCAGUGCCUGCAGAUCCGACAGAUCACGCCAUCGACGCUGCGGAAGAUCCUGGCCGUGCUGCCCUUGUUCCACAUCACGGGGCUUGUCCACCAGUUGAGUCUGCCCGUGCUGUUGAACGCGAACGUGUACAUGUUGCCCAGUUUCACCAUGGACAGCAUGCUCGCGACGGUGCAGGAGUACAAGCUGGAAGAGAUGUUGCUCGUACCUCCGAUCUUGAUCAGGAUGGUCCGCGACGAGCAGACCCUCUCCAAGUACGAUCUCAGCAGCCUCAAGCGAUUCUCUUCGGGCGCCGCGCCCCUUUCGGCCGAGAUUCUGGAUCUGUUGAAGCAGAAAUUCCCCGGGACCGGGUUCAAGCAAGGGUACGGAAUGACGGAGAGUUGUAGCUGCAUCACGGCGCACCCACCGGACAAGUACGACUACAAGUACGCGUUCCGCGUGGGGACGAUCGUGGCGAGCACAGAGGUCAAGAUCGUCGAUCCGGAAACGGGCAAAGAGUGCGGGUUGAACGAGCCCGGGGAGAUAUGGGCCAGAGGACCGCAGGUCGUCAUGGGAUAUUUGAACAACAAGCGAGCCACGGAGGACACUUUCGACAAGGACGGGUUCCUACACACGGGGGACAUUGGGAGCAUCGACGAGGAAGGACUGAUCACCAUCACGGACAGGCUGAAGGAGAUGAUCAAGGUUAAAGGUAUCGGAGUGGCCCCCGCCGAGUUGGAAGAUUUGCUCCUGGGACACCCCGACGUCGAGGACGUGGCCGUUCUGGGAAUUUCCGACGACUAUUCCGGCGAGAGGCCCAAGGCGUACGUCGUGUUGAAGGCGUCGUCGUCACAGCGCGGUGAUGCCAAGACCAUCGGCAGAGGUCUGAUCAAGUACGUCCGGGAGAAAAAGGUGCGGCACAAGUGGAUCACCGAGGUCGAAGUGGUCGAUGAGAUCCCCAAGUCGCCCAGUGGGAAGAUCCUGCGGAGGGUGCUGAGGGAUAUGGGCAAGGCCGGUAAGAAGGGUGUCGUGAUCAAGGAUGAAAAGGCACGGGCGAAGCUUUGAUCAACGACCUCUGCUUGUGUUCAGGCGUUCAGAAUUGAGGAAAGCGGCUGCGGUUGGUCACUUGUCGAAGCUAUUGGUCACGAUACAGGUCGUAUCUAGAGUCCGUACACACUCGGG